CCGGCCCGCCCCCAGCCCCUGGGACUACAGUUCCCAGCGAGCCCGGGCCCGGUGCCGGAUUUGACUUUCACUCCUAGCAGCAGCCCCAGCCGGGCAGCCUCCCCUCGGGCCCGCCCUGCCAGGAGCCGGCCAGGCCCAGGCUGCCCCGCCCUCCGAGGACUAACACGGCUGCUACUCUGAAACCUCCUAAAGAUGGCACCUCUGGCUGCUGAGUCAUUGCUGGUCCCAGUGCAGAGAGAGCACCUCCUUUUGAGUCAGCCCGCCUGCAACACCCAGCUGUUCUUUCAAUCUCUCCCAUCCAAGUACUGAGCUACUGUGAACUUGCUCAGCAGGGGCUGUGUGAUGCAGUCACUACCUAAGAUGGGUGCAGAGAUUCCUGGGGCUGAGAGGAGAGCUGGAGAGAUGACUGGGUGGGAUCCUACGGUCUGGUGCUGCCGCCAAGCCCUGCUCCAACAUGCCGUGGCUAUCCUGAUGUCAGUCGCUUUCCUUCCUGUAGCCGUGGCGAGCACUCAGCACUAUCACAGGGAAGCUUGGAGAGAGGCGGCUGUCCGGGCUGACUUCCUGUCCCAGCUGGCUCAGGGCAUGAGGGAGACCCUGGAGGAGUGGAUUGGCCGGGACACACUUCAGCUAGUGACAGAGAACGUCUCUGCCGGGUUCUGGAUUGUGUCCUCCGGCAUCUCGGCAGGUCUGAUCAUCCUGUCCGGAAUCACAGGGCAGAUCCUAAGCGCCUUCGGAGUGAAUGGUGAUCACGUGGUCCAGCCCCUUAAGCUGGGCCCUGCCCAGGUACAGACCCUGCUGCUGUGGGGCCUGGCUGCUGUGGUGGGCUAUUGGCUGCUCUCACAGCUGCUGGGCCUGUUGCUGUCCAUCCUGGGACGUGUCCUGUGGGGGCUGAAGGUGGUGGUCUUCCUGGGCUGCUUCCUGCUGAUCGUCUCGGCGGCGCCCAACCCCUCGGUGCAGGCCUUGCUGCUGCUGUGCCUGGUCACCCUGUAUGCCCUGCUGGGGAGGCUGAGCGGGGCGCGCCGCUCCGGGAGCCAACUGGAGGCCAAGGUGCGCAACCUGGAGUGGCAGGUGGAGGAGCUGCGGCGCCGGCAGAGGCGGGUAUCCCCCAGGAACCUGGAGCAGGACGAGUGAGGGGCAGGAGGUGGCCCCUCCCAGCACACUACGGACUCUCACUCCACCAUUCACAGCUACCCUGGUCCUCUGCACGUGCUCAUGGGGGCAUCUCCACCCUCGGGUACUCACAGCCCCUCCCCUCUGUGCACACUCACAGGCCCCACCAGCCCCAUGGUCCUCCUGAGGUGCCUCCCCAUUGUACAAACUGACAGACACUACCCACCUCAGGGACUCGCAGGUCCCACCCCCAUGCAUUAAUUUACCCACACCUCUAUUCCCCAGGGCACUUGCAUUCUGUCCCCCACACCCACCCCACAGACAAACAAAGCCAAAAGGGAGCUCUCUGGAGUGGAGGAAUGAACCAGUGGGAGGUGGUGUGAUUUUUUUCCCCAGCCUGCCCUGGUCCCAUGGACUGGGGAUGGGAGGUGCUCCCUCAGCUGCCUGCCCCCACCCCUGCCAUCUCCCAUAGAUUUGCUGCCAUGGAGCUCAUCGUGCUGGGGCUUAAAAGGGCUGCUUUGAUGUUGGUGAAGUGUGGGACGAAGUGAUGUUUGGUCUUGGGUGCUAAGAUGCUGAAUUCUGCCCCUUCUUAUUUCCCUGCUGUCUCCCUCUUGUCCCCUUCCCAUGCUGCCCUACAGCUGCCGCCGGGGUUCCUGGCCUUUCCCUCCACCCUCUACCUCUGCCUGAUCCUUUCCCCACCACCACCCCAUCCUCAUUUCUCCACCCCCUUACCUAGCCCCAGACCAGUCUCACUAAGAAGGCUGGGUCCUAAGGGCUUGAUGCACAGAGGUUCUGAGCUCUUGCCGCUCCCAUUGACUUCAGCUGGAGCUGGGGGUUGCUCAGUGGUUUUAGAAAUCAGAUGCUGGGUAGAUAAACUGGGAGCAGGUGCAUUGUAUCCCAUUGCAGGAGGGGGUAGUGUACCCCUGGGGGAUCUCUGAUCAGGGAGGGUGUGUACAGGGGAAGGGUUUCCCCAAGUGCCUUCAUCCAAGCCAAUGGUGCCUUCUUAUGCUAAGAGUGGAUGGUGUUUGUUGUAGGGCGGGAGGGGAAACUGGGAUAUGUGGAUAUGGGAAGAUGUUUACAGGUUCUUUUUAAGAACCCUCCAACACCAUCCAAGCCAAAGACACACAGCACAUGGAAGUGGGCACAUGGAAGUUCCUCCUACAUUUCUCACAGCUGGGGUGGGAGUUGUCUUUUGGUGCCACCUCAAGCAUGGCAGGUGGCCUUCGUGUUAAUCCUGCCCCAGGAUCGUGGUGGAGCGGGCCACGAUUGAUCAGAAAGGAGGGGUACGUAGCAAUUUCUGUUCAUCCUCCUAUGUGCCCCUAGGGAACGUCUACACUUGGAGCAAGGGGUGUGAUUCCCAGCUUGUGUAGACAUUUGUGCUAGCUCUCAUUCCGCUAGCGUGCUGAAAACAGUAGUGUACACAGCCUGGCCAAGUACAAACCCUCCUGAACCCCGUGGGUGCAGACUCGGCCUGGCUAGACCCUUCUACCAUUCUCUGCAGCUCCUGCUACCCCAGCUAUGCUGCUGUUUUUACUGUGCUAACUCCAUGAGAACUAGGGCGAGCAUCUCUGAGCUGCAGGGAUUCGUAGCCCCAUCCUGUCAUGACCACAAUGAGCUCAGCUGUUGUCUCUCCUGCCCCGCCAGCUAGGAGCUGGAGAGGAGGCCAGUGUGGCCGGGGCUAGGACUGGGCAUGUGUUGUUGGCUGAUAGUUGCCAGUCUGUGUUUUGAAAGUUCUGUCUAUUUUAAACAAACAGGACAUUUUGUUACCAGGUUCGAAAUAAAAUCUAUUUAACCACACUCUGUCCAGCCC